UUUGACUAACUGGCUGGGUUUGGCUAUUUCUGAUCGUGCAUCGGAGUAUCAGUUAUAUGUGGCACUCGCAGCUAGUCAAGUCGCAAUGGAUGCACUGUUGAAAAUCAUCUUCUUGAUCAGCUUUUAUUUUAUGGCUGUUAGUCUACAUUCGGCUUUCUGUGAUGAUGUCCCAUCUGCCGAGGCAGAUACAGUGGUCACUGAAAGUGAGGAACACUACACCGCCUCAGAUGACUUAGAUUUUUAAUGGGUAGAAACAAAGCACCUUAAAUCCCUAGCAUGGCUAAGUAAAUACAUUACCUUUUAUUGACAAAUGUCAGUGGCUUUGUUAGUUUCAAAAAGUCAAGUUCACUGUCACAUGAACGAUUAAAAUUAAGCAAACUUUGUGUGUUUACACAGCGGAAAAUGGUUAAAAGUUCCUAAAAUUGAAUAAACAUUUGGCAUGUUUUUAAAACAAAA